AUGGGCACUGAUAGGCGGCACUGAUGGGCACUGAUAGGCGGCACUGAUGGGCACUGAUAGGCAGUACUAAUGAGUAGGUAAGUAUAGAUAGCAGGGGCGGACUGACAACUCAUGGGACCCCCGGGCAAUAGGGGAUCAUGGGGCCCCUGUGUCCUCUCCCACACCCAAAAAAGCCUAUGAAAAAGCCAAUGAAAAGGUACCAGGGGCAUCUCAUGGGGCCCCCUACUGACCCUGGGCCCUCGGGCAGUGCCCGAGUGCUCCAAUGGUCAGUCCGCCCC